AUGCUAGCGAGGGAUUUGACGAGAGUUGGACUGGAGAUAGCAGAUGCUUGCCUCGUGUUAGCAAAUAAGUAUUCCAAUGAUCCAGACGCAGAGGAUGCUACCAACAUCAUGAGGGUCAUAUCAAUCAAAAACAAUUGUGCUCACAUCAAGGUGAUUGUCCAGCUAAUGCAAUAUCACAACAAGACCUACCUACUCAACAUCCCCAGCUGGGAUUGGCGACGGGGUGACGAUGCAAUCUGCGUGGCGGAGCUGAAACUGGGCUUUCUGGCACAGAACUCUCUGGCCCCGGGCUUCUCCACCCUCCUGGCCAACCUCUUCACGAUGCGCACCUAUCGCCGGACCGAGAACCUCCAGCCCAACUGGCUGAAUGACUACAUGGAGGGUGCCGGCAUGGAAAUGUACACUGAGGUGUUCUCGCCCGCCUUUGAGGGCAUGACCUUUGGCGCGGCGGCUGAACUCUGCUUCAUUCGCCUUCGCCUACUCCUGAUUGCCGUCAGCUGCAAGGACGAUGAGGACAAUAACCUGAUCACCAUCAAUCCGGGCGUACGUUACCGUGUUUUAUAG